AUGGCCUCUGCUGCUCCUCUCCUCCAUCUCGAGUCGCUAUUGAAGGACCAGACGACAUGCCCUCAACCGACCGACUGCAGCUGCACGGCCAAGAAACGGCACCAUCCGAGCGACAAUCACGAGGAGCUCCUAACUGCACUCGUUGGGACACGACGACCGCGCGAUCGGCCCCGGGAUUCGAAACACGUGCAGCUGAGUGCCACGCACGAGAUUCGGAUGCUCAAGAGCCAAGUGGUGUCUAUGGGGCAAGAGGUCCUCGCGCUGCGGCAAAAGUGGACGACGCACGUCCCGGACGACCAGGCGCUGGCGAUGGCGUACCGGUCGCUGUGUGCAAAGCGAGCGGCCAACGUCGCUGAGCAAACGCACAGGGAACUGCAGCGGCUCCUUCGGCAGCAACAACUCGCGUUCGCGUCGCUUCAGACGGCGUUCCUUCAUGCGCCACUGCACUCGAGUGGCGACGACGUCUUUGAGGCGCUGCACUUUAACACUCAAUUGGGGCGCGACGCGGACGAGCGCGAACGCGUCCUCCGCGCGCACAACGAGCGGUCGCUCGCGACGGUGCAGUCGAUCGUCGACAAGUUCUCUGAUGCAGUGCUAUCGAAGGCGCUCUCGAGCCGCCAAAAGAGCGUCGGGGACACGUCGGUGCUGCCGCUGUCGCAAAUCGACGUGAUCGGGUGCAAGGACUGCACACUGCUCACGAGCACAUUUAUCUCAGAGAUCCCGCACACGUCGCUGGAAGAGGCGUACGCCGCGGUCUUGGCGUACUUUGAUGCCAUUCCGCACUCGAUGAAGACGCACUUUGGCGUCCAGGCCACCCGAGCGCGCCUGAACAGCACGGACUCGUCUGUGCUCUAUCGACGCUCUUCGUUCCGCGGACUCGGCUUGAACGCCACGAUGAACAACAUCGUGUGCUCAGAGCUGACGGCGUCGCAUGGUAUGGUCCACGUGGAUACGGUCACUGACGAUCCAUUGUACCCUGUACCUGCAUCGGCGUCGUCGCAGUAUGGACUUUGCGGACUGACGGUCACGCCGCAGAAGGAGCCACUGACAGGCGAAACGCGGUCGGUGACUCUCCGGUGGAUUGCAAUCUACCGCUACAACAUGCUGCCGCACGAGCUGGCGGUCCAAGAGGGUCUCAAGGUGAUGCGACCGAUACUGAACGGCGACUUGAUCACGGCCUCAGUAUGCGCCUACAUUCGACAGCAGAGACUCAAGUAG